UCGUUGUUUCAUCGAUAAUCGAUAACGAUUGAAAGUCAGUGUUGACAAUUUUCAAACGAGCUCUGAACAUUACACAAAUGUAAUCGAGCAAUAUAUUUAAGUCCUAACUCUUCAAUCUUCAGAUUAUCGCUUGGAUUAUUUUUAUGUUUCAUUUUUCUUGAUUUUGCGUAUUUUCCACGUAAAAAUUUUGCAGAGCACCGUAUUCAGUAAUAAUAUUUAACGACAAAACAGUUGAGUCACCUGAUUUUUUCAGAUAAGUUACUUAAUGGAUCUGAAGAAAUCACAAAAUAGCAAGAUAGAUCUGAAAAAUAGUGAUCAUUGGUCAAGUCUUGUUGAAAAAUAUGGGAUUAAUUCAGAUGUUGAUAAUGAUGAAAGUUUGACAGGUUCAUACGAUUCAUAUGAAAAAGUAUUUAAAAUAUUAAACAUGGAAAAGAAUGUAACAUGGGAGGACGUUGUCAAUGGCGAUCAUAAAGAUGUGAAAAAAUACGAUUCAAUGUUAAACAAGUCUAAAUAUGAACAAUAUUCGAAGUAUUUUAAGAAAGUUACAACAGAAGCUGUGUGUGAUGUGCAAAAUAAAAAAGACGAGGAGCUGAUUUUGAAGAACGUGGACUGUUUGGUUCAAACUGCAGAGAAAGUAGUCGAAGAUAAAAAUAAGAGAGAGAAAAAUGUCGAUAAACGAAAGUUUCUUUCUGCACAAAAUGAUGCUGUGCAACUGAAUUGGGCUGCUGAGGAUGAUGACGGUGAAACAAGAGAAAAUUCGGCAUCCAAAUUAAGUUGCAAAAGAAAACGUGUUGCCUGGACCCCAGAAGAAGAGGAGUUCAUCAGAAAAGGCUUCCGUAAAUAUGGUAGGCAGUGGUCUAAAAUUAGAGAUAAUUAUGCUUUUCAAACGUCGCAUUUGAACAGUGUUUCCAUCAAGGACAAAUUUCGUAACAUGAUGAAAAAAGGAGACAUAUAGUUAUUAUCAUGAGUAAAAAUUGACAUUGGGUUUUAUUAAAUUUUUCUGUUCUUUUA